UUGAACGGACAGCGCUUCUUCGUUGUUGGUCUCUCGAAAAACACACACUUGGGGUCGAAAAAAAGGCAGAGCAGUCCGAGUUCAGCUUCUGGCACAUGUUUUUUGGUUCCGCUGCAGCUUCAUCUUCUUUUCCUCUCCGCUUCCCCAAAAGAAAUAUUGUAUCUUUGUAUCUUCGUUUGUUCGACUGUGUAACUAAAACUACCGCCCAAAUCGAGUGCCAAGUGACCAGAAAUAAAUAGCAACCCCCUUUUCUUCUUCAAAAGACAAUCACUAGUAGACAUCAACGGAAAGUGCAAAAACCUUAGAUUUAUCUUAGAUCUUCAGCCAAAAAAAAAAUCUCUACAAAAAGGACAGCAACCUACGAAUUUCCCAGUGUGUGACUUGCAAAUACUAUAGAUAUAAAAUAUAAAAAAAAGAAACAACAGGUGUUUCAGCUUCAACCAUUGUCAAAUGCCAAAGAACCACAAAAAUAAUUAAGCCCUACGGCAGCAAUUAGUAGUUGUCCAUAAUUGAUAAGCAGAAACUUUCAUUUAGUGCGUGUCAAUUUUAAUACUAUUUGUAUCUGUGUGUCAGUGUGCGUGAGUGGCUGCGUGUGUGAGUGCGUAAGGGGGGUGUGUGUAUGCGUGUGAUUGCUCUGCUCGGCGCACGUGCAACGAAAGAUGGUCGAGGAGUUCCUGGAGAAGUUGCCAGAAAUCGACACACGCUACGAGGAUAUUGUGCCCAUGGAACAAGUGAGCUCGAUGGUCUCCAACGGCGGUGGCAGUGUGGCCAUGCAGCGCGACGAUGAGUACAGGAAUCGGAUCAUGAAAAUACGUAGACUUGAUACACAAGCAAAACAUUCACAUGGAUUUCUCUAUUCGGACGAGGAAAUCAGCGAUAAGGCAUCAACAUGCGGAAAAUUGCUAAUAUUUCUCUCCGUGGCUCUUGUGAUAAUGACGCUACCCUUCAGCCUCUUCGUCUGCUUCAAGGUGGUGCAGGAGUACGAGCGCGCGGUUAUCUUCCGUUUGGGUCGUCUCAUGCAGGGCGGUGCCAAGGGCCCAGGUAUCUUCUUCAUCCUGCCCUGCAUCGACUCCUAUGCCCGCGUGGACUUGCGUACCCGCACCUACGAUGUGCCACCGCAGGAGGUUCUCACAAAGGAUAGCGUUACGGUUUCGGUGGAUGCAGUGGUUUACUAUCGGGUAUCAAAUGCAACCGUCUCUAUCGCGAACGUGGAAAAUGCUCACCAUUCGACCAGGCUACUGGCACAGACUACUCUACGAAACACAAUGGGAACUCGGCAUUUGCAUGAGAUACUCAGCGAGCGUAUGACGAUUUCCGGCACAAUGCAGGUUCAACUCGACGAAGCCACCGAUGCCUGGGGCAUCAAAGUUGAACGUGUUGAAAUCAAGGACGUGCGUCUGCCCGUGCAACUGCAACGCGCCAUGGCCGCCGAGGCAGAGGCAGCCCGAGAAGCCCGCGCCAAAGUCAUCGCCGCCGAAGGAGAACAGAAGGCGUCGCGGGCUCUGCGCGAGGCAUCCGAGGUGAUUGGCGAUUCGCCGGCCGCACUCCAACUGCGAUACCUUCAGACACUCAACACCAUAUCCGCGGAAAAGAAUUCGACGAUUGUGUUCCCGCUGCCCAUCGAUUUAAUAACAUAUUUCCUCAAGACCAACGAGGCCACAACGCAGCAAAAUGCCCGAGCCGCAGCGGCAGCAAUUGGCAAUACACCGCCGCCAUUGCAACUGGCACCGCAACAGCAGCAAAUGCAACCGCAACAGCAGUACCAACAGCAGCCGCAACAGCAGCAGUACCAACAGCAGCAGCAACAGCAGCCGCAACAGCAGCAGCAACAACAGCCGCAGCAACAAGAUCAGCUUUAUCAACAGGGGCAGCAGAUCUCAUCCGCCAUGUAAAUCAGCUUAAGAUCAUAUUAAGAUUCGGCCUUGUCGACUCCAAAAUGCCCUGCAUAAUGUUAAAAAAGAUCUUGAAGAUUGCUAAUACACAAGUACUUCAGGAAUAUCGGAAGAUCUACAAAUUCUUAUAAUUAAUUCUUAUCCACAUAUCGAUAGGAGAAAUGUGAUCACUGAACAGGCCUUUUUUUUAGUCGUUAAUAUGUAAUUUCAUUUUCGAAAACUGGGUAGCUCAACGUCCAUCUUAAAAUGCGUCUCACAUCGCUAUCCCCUACUUUCGAGGCGCAUUUUUGGGUUACUUUCGUUUAGAGAAUGAAGUUUGGAUACGAAUUUCUUAUCAAGGGACGAAGAUCAAUGAAUAUUGCUGGGGUCAAUAAAUAAGCAAUCUUCGAUUAGAAUCCAAUAUAUAGUAUUUGUGCAGAGCAUUCACAAAAUAAUAAUAAUAAUAAAAAACCAACGGAAACAACGAUUCAUGAGAAUCAAAAACUUAGUUCUUAACACCGAUAAGUGCGAUUCGAAUGCGUUAGCCAACAGGCAGCAGACCCUUUGAAAAAAUAAUGAGGGAUCUGAGGUCAAAUAGUUACGAAAAUACAAACCUAGAAAAUAGUUUCAUACGAGGCGAAAAAUAGUGUUUAAUAUUUGUAGCUUUACGACCAGAGGAUGCAAUUCUAAAUAUUAAAUGUAGGACCUAGUGAAGCAACAUCUAGAUCAAAAAAAAUAAUAAUUAUCCAAGAACAUCACACAAUUUGUGGUCGCUGAGGUGAAAAUUCUAAAACCAACCAGUUUUGAAAGUCUUGAAUUGAAAAAUUUGAAAUAGUCAAAAAUGGUUGGUUUGGUUUUGUAUUUUCACAUGACGAACUGAGUGAACCACAGAUUAUGUUUUUUUUUUAAAUCAACGUUCAACGAAGGUCCGUUUUCUUAAAUACCAGUUAAUAGAAGAUAUUUACUUAGUUACUUAUUAUACCAUUAUUUAAUAUUUUAAUACUUAUUUAUUGAGGUGAAACAUUGACUAAAUUAAGAAAACGGGCCUACCUUGAACACAAAUAUCUCAUAGAACCGUUGACGAAGGCGUUUUGUAAAUGUUUAUCAGUAAGAUGUUUGCCCUGUUAAUUAUGGAGGAUUCGGAUGACUUGAUACAUAUAUUGCUGUAUACUUAGCUAUGCAAAUUUACGUAUAAGACGUGAUCAGGUUAGCCGGUAUAAACUAGAGUAAACAUUGUCCACAAACCAAUAACAACUUUAUAGGACUUUAGUAACUCAAAAUAUGAAGAUAUGGUACAUAUGUUGUAUGUAUACAUAUGGAACCCACAAGGUGCACUCCCCGAUUUCCUAAAAGGUAAAACAACUGUUAUUCUGUUUUAACUGGAGUAAUUCCAGGCGAUCUAGACGAUUUGUUCAAUAACAGUGGGUUUAGAAGGCUUUUAAAAAUGAUCCAUGUGAAUCCAUUAAAAGAUCGCUAGCCCCACGUGUACAGAACAAAUGAACUAGAGAGCAACGUUCGUAGGUCCAAAAUACGAAUGCCAAACAAUAAAUAAGAGUAAUACGAAUUUAUUGUACAUACAAUAAAACAAAUAGAGCAAUUAAGCCGUGCAGAACUGUUUUACCCGUUUAACCAUUUAACUAGUGACACCAAUUUGAUGUUGAAUAGCCGUAUCGUGAAUUCACACAACACAACACACAAACAACACAGAAUAUAGGAGAUCGUCUAGUCUCUCUCUCAAAGUAGCAAGAAGUCUACUUAACUGCAUUCAGUGAGUACGGUUGGUUAAAGUGAGUAUAGCAAAAAAAACAAAUAAAAUAAACUAAAUUAAAGUGCAUUUUCAAAACACAGAAACGUUUACUUUUUAGCGCACUUCAUGGAUUACAAAAAAAAACAAAAAGUUAUUGAAUUAAUUAUAUAUACAUAUACAAAAACAUAACGAAUUACAUAUUAUGUACAAUUUUGCCUUUGAAAAAUUUUUAAACGGAAACGAUUUCAUUAUUCAUAUACGAUUAGAUACGUGUAAAGGAACAAUAAAAUUUCUUCAACUUUUUUGGUAUCCAAAAGAGCA